CGUUCCUCACUCUGAGGACAGCGUUCCUCACUCUGAGGACAGCGUUCCUCACUCUGAGGACAACGUUCCUCACUCUGAGGACAACGUUCCUCACUCUGAGGACAGUAUUCCUCACUCUGAGGCCAGCGUUCCUCACUCUGAGGAAAGCGUUCCUCACCCUGAGGACAGCGUUCCUCACUCUGAGGACAGCGUUCCUCACUCUGAGGACAGCGUUCCUGACUCUGAGUAAAGCGUUAAUCACUCUGAGGACGGCGUUCCUCACUAUGAGUACAGCGUUCCUCACUCUGAGCACAGCGUUCCUCACUCGGAAAACAGCGUUCCUCACUCUGAGGACAGGGUGCCUCACUAUGAGGACAGCGUUCCUCACUCUGAGGACAGCGUUCCUCACUCUGAGUAAAGCGUUCCUCACUGUGAGUAAAGCGUUCCUCACUCUGAGGACAGCGUUCCUCACUCUGAGGACAGCGUUCCUCACUCCGAGGACAGCGUUCCUCACUGUGAGGACAGCGUUCCUCACUCUGAGGACAGCGUUCCUCACUCUGAGGACAGCGUUCCUCACUCUGAGGACAGCGUUCCUGAGUCUGGGUAAAGCGUUCCUCACUCUGAGGAGAGCGUUCCUCACACUGAGGACUGCGUUCCUCACUCUGAGGACAACGUUCCUCACUCCGAGGACGGCGUUCCUCACUCUGAGGACAGCGUUCCUCACUCUGAGGACAGCGUUCCUCACUCUGAGGACAGCGUUCCUCACUCUGAGGACAGCGUUCCUCACUCUGAGGACAGCGUUCCUCACUCUGAGGACAGCGUUCCUCGCCGG